AUUGAAUGUACUGCCUUAGAUAAUCGAGAUAUCUGUCUGGAGUUCGAGUAGUUAACAAGAGUGUUUUUUUGCAUGCAAGAUGAAGAUCAACAUGACCCGCCUUCUACGCAAUGAAAAGAAAACGAAACUUAAUGCCACUGAAAGAAACAUUGCAUUGAACACGUGAAUCGCCUUUGAGUGUCAUCAAGCAUAGUUCAACAUGGGUCCGGAACAAUUUCAAUCUCUGAAUAAAAUUAUUUGUGUACUUUGCGAGAAAUCAGACGAAACUGAAAUCACCGGGCCUCUUUCAUCCAAAGAAAGCACCUCCGCACAUGAGAACUGUUUGUUGUUUGCAUCAGGGAUCUACAGCAAGAAUUCACCCACCUAUGACGACCUGUUUGGAUUUGCUGUGGAAGAUGUAAAAGAAGAGCAGCGGAGAGGAAAAAGACUACUUUGCCACCACUGUAAAAAAAACGGUGCUACAGCGGGAUGUGAUUUAAAGCGCUGUAAGCGCUCGUACCAUUUUCCCUGCGCCGUAGAGGCCCGUGCCACAAUCGAUGAAGACAUUAAUAAAGGCCGUUUUAAACUGUUCUGUGAAUUACAUGAUCCAAAAUCCCAAAAAACAAGAUCGGCAGAAGGUCGAAGGCCUGACCUGAAAAGGCCUGACAGGAGAGAUUCUAAUUCAUCUACAGGGUCGUCAGAAGUGAGUUUGUCCAAAAAGAAGAAGAGGAAUUCACCUAUUCUCAUAGAUUCUGAUGAUGACAUUGAAGACACCUUGGCCCCCAUUUAUACUCCAAUAGAGUCAUAUAUAGAGCACAGUGCAUCUCCAAAUCGGUACAAUCAGUCAAAUCCUGAUCCUGAAAGUAAAAGGCCCUGUGCAAGGCCCAGUCCAUCAACCGCAGGUUCAUUAAAAGGGGGCUUAAGGUCUGAUCAGAAGGCUUGUGGAUCAGCAGGCAGUUCAGGAGAAUUGCAUAGCAGGGUCAGAACACACACACACACUGUUCAGCUUUCCUUUCAUAAAUACACUUGGUGUUUUCUGAAGUACAGUCAUUAUCAACAUCGUCAAGAAAAUACACAAAAAUUGCUCUGUACUAUUAUAAAUCAGUCCUCUCCUGUGCCUGAAAAAACAAGGCCGUGUGAAAAACUCAAUCCAUCAACCACAGUUUCAUUCUUUUCAGAAGCUGACGAUGAUGACACAGACAUUGAUUCAGAUGAUUCUCAGAGUUUGUUACAACCAGAAAUGUACCAUAUCACUGUUCCAUGUAGCGUUAUUAUGGACUCUGGACCCUCAGCAGAAUCAGAGUACAGUCUAGAACCUUCUUCACCUGCCGUAGCCCCAGCAGCUAUGUGCACCUCACCUGGGUCUAUCGCUGCCCCUGAACAAGAGGAACCACCAUCCACAAGCAGAACUUCUCCACCGCCCAGAGCUCAAACCACUGACCCAGUCUCACCAGGUACCACUGACCCUACGCCUAACCAGGACCGUGCCAGCGAUGGUCCCACAGGUCAGCUCGGGUCACCCCUGCAUUCAAGCCCCACUGUUGACGUUCCAGCAGUGUCAAUAUCCACAGUACAAACACUCUCACUCUUAGUACAAGCAUCUCACUUAAAAUCUGAGCAGCUACCAAAACCUUCUCCUCCGGCAGGGGUUUCUUCAUCACCAGGUCGUCCCGCUGCAGCAGAUGCUUCUGAUGUGGGUACCACAGUGAAAUCCCAGUCCAGUGCUGCCUUAUUCUGGACCAGAUGUAAUGAGGCUGGGUGGACUAAAGAAGUCUUCUCAGAGCUCGAGUCUCAGCUGAGCAGCCUAGGAGAAAGAGUGCAGUCACAGGUAGCCAGCCACCAAGACUAUGAUGUUGCUCUCAAAGUAUUGUUGGCAUCUGGACAGCUGCCUUGCAUUUUUACUCAGCUGGAACAAGACCUGGAGAAACAGGAAAGGGAUUUGCAGAGGAAAAAAGCAGCACUGAGGGAUGCCAAAGCUGUACUAGAUGUUUAAUAUAACAAUCUAACAGAAUUAAGAUGUUUCAUCAUUUU